CCUCGGUCCUCUCACGUUUCGGCCGUUCUCCUUGUGAUCAGCUUGUAGUCUCUAUAAGGUUCCACACACUCAGUAGAGCUCUCUCAAAAUCGCUCACAGUCAUGUCGGCGUUGACAGCCACGGCUCGCCAAGCUGCUAAUUUGGUUCGGCUUUCCUCCGCAAAAUCGGCUUCGGCUUCUCAAGCCGCUUCUCUCAUCCAUAGGCGCGGUCUGGCCGGCGCCGGUGGCGACCAUCAUGGACCUCCAAGGGUGAACUGUUGGCAAGACCCACUGAGCCCAUCUAAGUGGAAAGAACAUCAUGUCUAUGCUGACAAGAAUGUCACAUUUCUGUCAAAGAAAACUAUGAAUAUAAGGUUGGUCCUGUUGAGAAGUAGAGAAAAAUUCAUAUUUCAGCCUGUUUUAUUGUUAUGUUCCAAGUUUGCUUUUAUAGUUUAUCUCGAUCGGCAAAUAGCUAGUGUCACACAUGAUAUAUAAAUUCCCAAAAUUUUCUUUCUAAGAUGUGGCACGAUUUUUUAAAUGGUUGAUAAUAUAAGUUGUGAAGUGAUAUAUGGUGAUUUGAUAAGAUUUUUGUCAUGUGCAGUUUGUGAUUGUGUCUUUAAGUGGCUGGGGCUUAAUCUUUUAUGGUAGUUACAAGUACUUAACUAGAG